AUGACGUCGGUUGUCUCAGCAACCAUAGCGGCCGCUGCCACGGCAACGUCCGCGGUUGCAUCUGCGUCGGCGUCUGUGGACCCGCAAGACCAAUCUCUGUACGGUAUGACGCCCAAUCUAGCGUUUAACACGGCCAUGGCGGCGAUCUUCGGAGUUUUGUUCAUCACACAAGCCGUGCUCGGACUUUGGACCAGACAGUGGUGGUUCAUGGUGUCGUUUCUCAUCGCAUGCGGCCUGGAAGUCGCAGGAUAUGUCGGCAGAGCCCUCAGUCACAACGACAACACCGACAUAAACGAUUAUCUGCUCCAGUUUAUCUGUCUCACAAUCGCGCCAGUGUUCACAAUGGCCGGUAUCUACUAUCAGCUGGGCAAACUGAUCGAGAUCUACGGCCAUAAAUUUGCACUCAUCAAAAAUCCAAUGCUGUACUCUUACAUCUUCAUGGGAUGCGAUAUCGUCUCUUUGAUCAUCCAGGCCGUUGGCGGCGGGAUGUCAGGCUCCGCCGCUGCCGACUACGAUAAUACCGCCACAGGUGACCACAUCUUCGUGGCCGGUUUGGCGUUCCAGGUGGCAUCCAUGUCAGUUUUCUUGUUUUUAUGGUUCCAAUUGGCAUAUCAGAUUUUCGUCGCAACCCGUAUACAGCACGCAGGCCUCAGCAGGCCCCGCUGGUCGUUGACCUCGAUCUCGCAGCUAGAACUGGACUAUCUGUACCGUCCAAAAUUCGAGUUUCUGCGUAUCCACCCGCAACGCUGGGUUUUCAUAUAUUUCCCAUGGGCUUUGACGUUUUCCGUCAUCUUCGUAUUCAUUCGGUGCGUAUACAGAGUCAUCGAGCUUGCAGAGGGAUGGGGUGGCGAUCUGAUCACUCACGAGGUGUAUUUCAUCAUCCUAGACGCGUUGAUGAUGUCGCUGGCAACCACCAUUUUGAGUGUUUUCCAUCCCGGGUUGGCGUUCAAAGGCCGUUCUGUAAAGAUCCCAAUCAAAUCGGCAUCCAAAGUUGAGGAUUCAGAUCACGGCGACGACGUAGCCGGUUCAAACUACUCCUCAGAGGGGUAUCGUGACAAAGAAAUCGAACAAAGGGCACCACUUCCGAAGCCCAAUUUCGAUUCGCCUUCAGUAGCCUCUUCGAUGCAGCAAAACCGCGAAGUGUACAUAUAA